GCCGAUUGUCCCUUCAGAGCUGCCGUAGUACACCGUACGCAUGCGUGUGCUGUUGCGUUGACGAGCUUUCUUUAUUGUUUAAAACAUGUCCGAAAAGGGAGAAGUGGAUUUAACUGGUGCCAAGCAGAACACGGGGGUUUGGCUCGUGAAGGUGCCCAAAUACCUUUCUCAGCAAUGGGCAAAAGCAUCUGGCAGAGGCGAGGUCGGGAAACUCCGCAUCUGCAAGAAAGGAAACCAAGGAAAAGCAGAGGUGAGUUUUACUCUGAAUGAAGAGCUGACGGUGAUUGAGGGUAUAGAUGCCAAGAAGGCGUCUGUGCCCCGUGAGCACCCGUUCACCAUGCAGUCAGUGGGAGGUCAAUUGUUGGCGGUCUACUCUGAGAAUUCGGCAGGCCAGUCAGAAGAGAGAUCUGAUGGCACCAGCUCAGGUUCGGGGGCGGGGGCAGGUCCAGAUAAAAUAGCCUUGGAGGGAGUGGUAGUGCAGAGAGCAGAGUGCAGACCUGCUGUUAGUGAAAGUUACAUGAAGCUGAAGAGGUUACAAAUAGAGGAGUCCUCUAAGCCAACCAGGCUGUCGCAACAGUUGGACAAAGCUGUCACCAGCAACUACAAACCUGUGGCCAACCAUGCUUACAAUCUCGAGUAUGAUCGCAAAAAGAAGGAAGAGGGCAAGAGAGCGAGAGUGGACAAACAGCAGGUGUUGGACAUGUUGUUUUCUGCUUUUGAGAAGCACCAGUUCUACAACAUCAAGGACCUGGUGGAUAUCACCAAACAGCCUGUGAGUUACUUGAAGGAAAUCUUGAGAGAUAUUGGCAUCUACAACGUGAAGGGAACACACAAGAACACAUGGGAGCUCAAGCCUGAGUACCGACAUUACCGCGCCGAGGAAAAGACUGAUGAAUAGCAUCUGAUCCUCCCAAGGUCAAUGUACCACCUCUUUAUUGGGGGUUCCUCCCUGAUCAGGCCUUGGUUGGGCCCACAAGCUCACUCCUGAUUUCCUAACAUCAGGUUUCAAAACACACUGGAUGAGCGCAAGUUGUUUUUCCCAGGAAAGGUUGUUGUAACCUCUUCUUACUGUGUAAAAGGACAGAGGAUCGAUGGUAAACAACUUAAGGUUUAUAAUCUAGUGUGCACCUUCCUGAUGGAGUUUCAUCUCCAGCAGACCCUCCAGGUUAAAUCCAUCUGGUAUUUGAUUUAGUUUCCGUGCAUCAGGGCCAUAGGACAGUUUUUCAUGAAGCAGAUGCACUGAAUUUAUAAAUGUUUAGAAAUGUGAACAUGGAUUUGAAACUUUAAAGAUGUGUUUUGCUAGAUCUUUUACAGGCUUCCACCAUAACUUGGAAAAAAGGAAGAUUCAGCCUGAACUUGCACUGGCAAUUUUUUUUAGACUUGUGCCCGUAUAUUGUAUCCUCACAGUUUCAUGUUCACUGUAAAAUUUUAAAGUUUUACACCUGAUUGACAUGUGUAAUAAAGUUUCAAUAUAA